GUCCGUUGGGCCGCUGCUGCAGCUCGCGCUCCGCCGGCAGGCAGUUUGGCGUCGAGUGCGGGCGGGUGGACGGGAUCCAGCUCCAUGUGGGCUCCUGCCGGCAACUUGUACAACUGUGAAGAUCGUAGCCUAGUCUUGCCGCUGCGCCAACAACAGAGCUGGAGAUGGCGGAGGAGCCGGGUCUACCGGAUGAUGCAGGUGCCGGUGAAAUCAACCAGAAGAGCUUCCUGGUCAACCUGUACCAGUUUAUGAAGGAGCGGGGCACUCCCAUCGAGAGAAUCCCACACCUGGGCUUCAAGCAAGUGAACCUGGCCACACUCUACAAGGCAGUGGAGAAGCUGGGCGGUUACGAAGUGGUCACCACAAGCCGUCUCUGGAAGAAUAUUUACGAUGAGCUGGGGGGGAGCCCAGGCAGUACCAGCGCCGCCACCUGUACCCGCCGGCACUAUGAGAGGCUGGUGUUGCCGUACGAACGCCACCUGAGGGGGGAGGCUGACCGCCCUCUGCCGGCGGGCAAGCCCCGGAAACAGUACAAGGUGGUCCGGGGCAAGGACGGCAAGGGCUCCAGCGCUGAGCUGAAGGAGCAGAACAGCAAGCGGAGACCGGGGAAGACUGGCGUGCAGCAGAACCAAGGCGGUGAGAUUCCCCUUCUGGUGGCCAAUGCGGACACGGGGUCGGGGUCGGCCAGGGACCCUCGCCGCCUCUGCACAUCUCCUACCGAAGACCACAAGUGCCCGGGAACGGACGGGGCGACGACGGGAGACAAAGGUUGUACCGGGUCCCCACGUCCAGCCGGCGACAAGGUCCCUGGUCCGGGGUCGAAUGAGGAGCUGCGGGUGGCGGGAGGGGUGACCGACGGAGAGACGAAGCCGGGUCCCCACCGCUCUUCGCCCUGGAAGGAGCGGGCAAUCCUGUCGCCUUUAGCCAAGAAGAAGUUCCUCGCCCAGACAGGGGUGGUGGCGGCGGCCGGAGCCGGAGCGGUCAGUCUGGCCAGACCCACGGUCAUCCAGCCGCCGCCGCUGCCGCCUCCACCGCGCCCGGCCGGCUGUCGGAUAGCAGGGGAGAGUGGACAGGAGCCGCGGACAAGCCCAGCGCCCCCGCUGCGUCCAGCCGCGGUCAAGCCGCUGCCCCUCGCUGACAGACGGGCCGGGUUCUGCUGCCGCGGCUACAGGGAGCUGUACGACCGGCCUACCGACCUCAGCUUGCCCCGACCCCGGCCUCUCGCCCACCCGCCGUGGGCAGUCGAGCCAGGCCGACCUAAAGCGUGCUGGGUGCCGCCUCUAAGCGUGGCGCUGCCGCGGAAGGUACCGGUCAAGCGGCUGAAGGCGGCCGGAGGUUUGUGCGAGGCGGGCCCGCUGACGGAGGCGGCUUUGGGCAAGAGGUAUCGCGUCGUGUCCCCGCUGCGAGUGGUGAAGCAGCCGGAGGCCCAUGAGGGACCGGCGGGGGAGGACAAGCCGGGCAAAGCCCCUCCGCCGACCUGGUUGCUGGCGGCGCCCAGAGCCCAUCUCCCCUGCCCAGCCCCGGCGCUGAGGGAGCGGUUCCCGGCCGCCUACCUCCUCCCAUUCAAAGGGCAGGCACUCUAUUCCUCCCUCGUCCCCUCGCUCGCCUUCAGCUCCUUCAUGGCGCCGGCCGGGCCGGCGGGGACUCUCACCGCUCCUGGAUACCCGCUGGAUCUCUACAAACAUUGGGCAACCGGACCUUCCUACGACUCCUUCCUCCGGCAUCGACUCUACCCGCUAGCUAGUUAUCCCACGCCCUACCUCUCCGCCCAAGUGCGGCCUCCGCUGUAGAGCGGCCCGGCUCGGCUCGGCCCGGCCCGGGCGACUGCGCUGGCCCGGGGCCUGUGACCGAGAACGCUCCACCCUAGAACCACACAAACGGGGCAUCGCCCCUCGCUGAGCCAAUGACCCGGGUCGCGCUGAAAGGACAGAAGAUGGCCCGGGUCGACCUCGUGUGUAAAUAAUCCGUGACAGACAGAGACUGGCCGGGGAUACAAGGCCCCAGGGAACUUCGGACAUCGGCGCGGAACGACUUGACUUUGCCGAGCUCCGCGCUGCUGCUGCUGCUCCGAGUGUCAAGAGGAAUCCGAUGGACUCGUUCAGGGAGCGACCGGUGAACCGCAGAUGCUGGAAUCAAGAGUGAAAAAAGCCAAAGUGUUGGAGGAACACAGCGGGUCAGGCAGCAUCCGUGGAGGGAAUGGACAGAUGGCGUUUUGUGUCGGGACAGUGAGACUGGAGAGGUUGUACGUUACCCGAAAUGUCCCGCCACAGAUGCUACCUGACCCGCUGAGUUCCUCCGGCACUUUGACUUGCAACUGGUUUAGGGGGCAAACGGGCCAGGAGGUGAGAGUUGGACGAUUCCUUGUAGAUUAGCAAACAAAUAGAGAUAAUUUAUAUACACAUAAACCUGGAGUAACUCAGCGGGACAGGCAGCAUCUCCGGAGAGAAGGAAUAGGUGACGUUUCGAGUCGAGACCCUUCUUCAGACCAAAGAUUAUAGAGGAGCUCCUCUAGGAUCUUUGCUUCAGACUGAGAGUCAGGGGAGAGGGAAACGAGAGAUGUAGACGGCGAAGUAGAGAGAUGUAGAACAAAUGAAUGAAAAUAUGCAAAAAAGUAAGCG